CUAAGGGCUUCUGUAGCAUUAGUUGUUUUUUUACUGAAGUAUUCUAGGGUAAGAAAAAGUGCAUCGUCCCUCUUGCUCUCUCUGCUGCUCUGUUUCUUAUCGCCUGCAGCGUGAUUUUUUCCCUUUAUCCUUGGUUGGUCAUAUAAAUAUACAUAUAUUUAAGUGUAUCGUAGUAAAGUUCAUUCGCGAAUCGUGAACAAUGGCGGGUUUUGAUGUUGCUUGGAUUCCUUUUGCGAUCAUGUAUCUCUUGUACCUGAUCCCACCCACGAUGAUGGAGGUCUACUCUUACUACAGCCGAGGCGGUCUCGUGCGCUACGAGGACGUUAAAUACGACGACAGUUUUAUGUCGCAUCUGCAAUUCAUGUUUGACAGUGACAUUUAUAUGAAGCGCUUUCUAGAUCGUCCAACCAGUGAGGCCGGGAAGGCUUUCUUUUCUUGGCUAGACUGGAGCUCCGAGACGUACGACCGCUCGAUUUACAUGAAGCGUCGAAACUUCGCCAGACGCGAUAAGGAGGUGAGCUAUUGGAAGUUUUAUGUCUAUGGGCCUUUUAUCUUUAACUGGCCUAAGCGAACGUGGCUUCGUGGCGAUGAUGCCGCGUCCCUUCUUCAACCGGCGUGGGGUGUGGGUGGAGAGGAGCGCGCGAGAGAGGAAUACGCCAAAGCUAAGGCGAAGGGCUUCGACAAGCACUACCAUUAUCAGAUUAUGCGCAAAAUCCGUCGGGAGCAGGCGCUAAAGGCAGCCCAGGAGCAGGAAGCAGCUUCCGCGUUGUAAGCCGCAAUACAUAUUAUGUAUACUUAUAUCUAUAUAUGUAUAUGUAUAUAUAAUAUAUAUGAGCGAUUUUUGAAG